CUUGAAAGCUGUCCUGAUGGGAAAGCCCCAGGACAACACCGUGGACUUGUCAGGCAUCCCACUGACCCUGAGGGACUUGGAGCGCGUCACGUCCUACCUGCAGCACAGCUCGGAGCACAUCGACACGGUGGAGCUGUGCUUCACGGAGCUGACGGAUGACAUGCUGCUGCAGCUGCUGCCCGCGCUCUGCGGGCUGCCCCACCUCACCACCCUCUCCCUCAACGGCAACCGCCUCACCAAAGCCAUCCUACGGGACCUCACCGAAGCCCUCAAGGAUCCCAAGAAGUUCCCCAGCGUCACCUGGAUCGACCUGGGCAACAACGUGGACAUCUUCUCCUUGCCGCAACCCUUCUUGGUCAGCCUAAAGAGACGAUGCCCGAAGCAAGGGAACUUACCAACCAUCCUGGAGUUUGGGGAGGGACAGGUAAGCGAUUUGGAGAGCCAGGAUGGUCUGGCUGACAGUCAGGAGGAGCUGCGAGCUGGACCAGACGAGGUUGACAGCACAGGCUUGCAGCACACACACAGAACACUCGAGUCUGGGGAGCUCCCCAACUCGGAGCGAGGUGCUGCGACACCACAGACAUGA